GUCCGCUGCAUUGUCUCAAUCUGGAAACACACAAUAAACCUUGAUUGCUUCUGCAGGACGCAUGACCUAUCAACGAUGGUGUUGUAUUUUUGGUCGUCGGAAAGGACGCAGUCAGCAACUUGAAAGUUGAUUACAUUCAAGUACAGGUUCAUUCAUGCAUGUGGGGUACUGUCUUCCUACCUUGCCCUCAGUCUCCAACAUUCGCGAGAUAGCGUUGUUCAUCCCAGCCUGGAGGUUCCCGCAAUAUGGCAGGAGCGCUCUCACUUGCAGCAUCGGGGGGCUGGUUUGGUAAUGACGGCAGCUGGUCAACCUUCCUCGUUCAGGUGGGAACGCCACCACAAACAUUCAACGUGUUGCCUGCAACACAAGCUGCAAACAUCUGGCUUCCUAUCGCUGAUGAGUGUGUGAGGCUGCAAAAUGGGUCGGCGUCGUGUGGCAGCUCUCGCGGUGCGAUGCCUUUCCAACAACGUCCGAGCCCUGGGUUUCAAGCGAAUAUGUCGUCGACCUGGAAAACCAUCGGUCUCUAUGAACUCGGAAUGGGAAGAGUCCAUGAGAUCAAUGGAAACGGGCUCCAGGGAUUCGAUAGUGUUGAAAUGGACAACUUCACAAUGGAGGGUCAGGCGAUCACCGCCUAUGCCUCGCCCGGUUUCUGGAUCGGUCAGAUGGGAAUAUCGCUAUUGCCACUCAACUUCUCAGAGACAAUCAGCUCACCAUCUUUGAUCUCAGCUCUCAAAGAUGAUGGUCACAUACCUAGUCUAGUGUAUGGAUAUCAAGCUGGUGCCUCAUAUCGCAAAACAAGAGUACCCGCCAGUCUCGUUCUUGGAGGAUACGACCUUUCGCGUUCGUCAGAGCCUUUGACGGUCGACAUUAAUUCCGACGUGUCCAGGGCGCUUACUGUGGGACUCCAGGAUAUCAUAGUGAUCGACUCACUGAAUGGAACGCUGUCGAUGGUUGAUAACGAGCGGAUAUUAGCCCCGAUCGAUUCGUCUGUUCCUGAGAUAUGGCUCCCCAAAUCUGUUUGCGACCGCUUCGAAUCUGCAUUCGGGCUAGAGUAUCAUGAGAGGUCUGGGAGGUACGUUCUCACGGAUUCGGCCCGGGAUCGACUUCGGGAACUCAAUCCUACCUUGACGUUCACCAUCGGUACCAAUGCGGUGACGGGCGGCAAUACUACUAUGGUUCAACUUCCAUACGCAGCCUUCGACUUGCAGGCAGGGUAUCCAAUCUUUGCGAAUGCGACGAAUUAUUUCCCGAUUCGAAGAGCUGAUAACGAAAGCCAGUACGCGAUCGGCAGGGCGUUUCUACAAGAAGCAUAUAUCGGCGUUGACUUCGAGGCUGGCACAUUCAAUGUCAGCGCAGCAAAAUGGGACGAUCUGAAGCCUGAGAUUGUGACAAUAUCAGGUAAAGAUAGUGAUACCGGGGCGGCCAAGGAGCCAGGCCUCUCGGGUGGUGCGAUAGCUGGGAUUGUUGUUGGGUGCGUAGCAGCAAUAUCGAUCUGCGUCUUAUGCAUAUGGUGUCUGGUCCUGAAAUCCAGGCAGACACGGAGGCCAGAUACGGCGCUGGUAGACGACAAGGCAGCGCACGACGCGCUGCACUCAACUCCGCAAUUGGUAGGAGUGGCUUUCCACGAGCUCCCCGCUAGGCACGGCGACAGCGAGUUAUGGGAGGCGAAAAUGGUACCUGAACUGGGCAGUCAGGAGUGUGCGCACGAAUUGCAUCCGGACUGCGUUCGAUGAAGGAGGGCUGGUGACGGCUGCCAAAGAAGGGAGGCGUGAUGACGAAGAACGUUAGUGUGUUAGCUUCUAAGGCUGUUGCGAUUCUAAUCUUGAGCAAACAGCUCUCUCUUCUUUCGCCCACAGAACCACCUCAUACCAGGAAAACAUUGAACACACACCUUAUUAAAAUCUACAUCACCUUGGAACUUGGUUAACUCUAGCUUUUAUGCUAAUGUAGACGGCAGUGCAUAUCUUUGGUUUUUCCCUUGUAUGAGGUGGGAAGUGAGCGACCGGCGCGCCCUUCAACCUCGUAUUGCAUCAUAGCUUCUCUUCCUACACUGUGGUCCGUCAGAGAAGGAGUAUAUACCUUCUUAUAUCUGCGUAAUCUACACACAUACAUCAUUCAGUUGACCUAUCGAAUUAAUUAUAGUGAUAAUGCGUCACAUUCAUACCA